GGAAGCCCAAAACCGCUCUCUGAAGGUCAGAACGCCAUCGCAUAUUGCAAAGACACGUUCUCUGCACCCUUGCAACGUCUGCAGCAGGUCCCAGGAAGCCCCGCCGCGAUUCCCGCCCACCCAUUCCUCCCUCCAUCACACACAAGAAUGAAGGUCCGGCCCGUGCACAUCGGCAUUGUGGUCUACCUGAUCCUCGCAACAUACGCCGUCUGGCAGCGGCUAAGCGGCAAGCGUGGCCGAGUCUACCGGAAGUUUCACAAGCAUGCUCUCGCCCCGAACAACCAAUCGGGGCUCAGAGGCAAGACACACACAAGGAAUGACACAAGAGACAGAAUGGAUUGCUUACUGCAUGAAUGGAGACGGCGGCCGGGGCAUUCCAUUAUGUCUCUGUGUGUGUGUCUUUGUGAGCGCAGGUCAGUCCAGCGCCGCCUCGACCGCUCUGAAGAUUUUUGGUGCGCCCGCGCCCAAGGGCGGCCCGCAGUGUUUCGACAGCAAGGACUGCUCCAUCGCUCACGGAUGGGACGAGGUCGACGAACGAUACACCCAGGAGUUCUGAAGUGAGUGAGGAAGAACAAGAGACAAGACGGAAGGAAACGAAGGGAAUGCUCCGCUGGGUGGCUUGGAGUGGAGCAGGGCUGAUAUGGCAUGGCACGGCAUGACUGACGUAUAUAGAUAGGCGCAUGGAUGUCCGGAUGAGUGGAUGAGUGGAUGGAUGGAUGGCUUCCUACGUGCGUGUUUGCGCGUGCAUAAGAACCGACGACCUUCAUUGUCUGAUCAAGCAUCAAGGAUGCAUCC